AUGGACGGCGAAGCAGCAGCACCAGCCAUGUACGAGUCCCAGCGGGUCAACCUGCGGACAUCCAGGACCAUGCUGGCACAGUACGCACUGGGCUUGCAAGAGUGCGCCGAGUUUAACGUCGAGGUCGGAAUUGGACGGCGAGCGCGGCCAACUGCGAUCGAUCAUUUUACUGGUAUCGUUUUCGUCGAAGCGCAGCGCGUCGCUCGGAUAUCCGCAGCGUUGACCGCCGUCUCGCAGCAUCCAGUUGCUACAAUGCACGGCCAGACAAGCGAUGCCUACCCACUAUACACACCAGAGCAAGUCAAGUAUCUCCCCUUGGACUCUGCGUCCAAGCAGCUGCCUCGUGCGCGACCGGCAUGGCAAUCGGUCAGCGUUUCGCUCCCGUUUGUUUCAGGGCCGCCGUUGCUCCCCAUCGCCGUUCCAAUUCCAGAGAAGGACCCUCCGGCACCCAAGCGAAAGGCCGAAGAUUUGCCCGCGGGUAUUAUCAAGAAACCUAGACGUGUCAUCUCAGGCUUGACGUGCUCUGAAUGCGGUAGCACCAACGAAUACACACCCUCUGGCGAAGACGACGACAUGGUUGCAUGCGCCUCCUGCAACAAUGGUGGUCAUGUAUCAUGCUUCCACAUGACCAAACUGAUGGGUGAAACUGUUCAAACGUAUGGGUGGGAGUGUUCCAACUGCAAGUCCUGUGCCAUGUGCAACUCGACCGAAAAUGAGACCGAGAUGCUUCUCUGUGAUGUUUGCGAUCGCGGUUAUCACAUUCAAUGCAUCGAUCUCAAAACCAUGCCAUUGGGCCGAUGGGUGUGCUCUUUAUGUAACGCGUGCACAAACUGCCACAGCAAACUGGCUGGUGCUAUUCUACCGAGAAAAGAGAUGGAUCGGCCAGUCGACUGGCUCACGUUCUAUGCCACAGAUGUGCAAAGUAUGAAGUUCUGCUCUGCUCGUUCGAGCUGGAGCCAGCACGAGUACUGCGCAAUCUGCUUGAAAGUCAACCAUCCCGGAGAAAAGCUCCGAUUGUACAAGUGCGAUGGCUGCUUGCGGCAGACGCAUCCGUCCUGCGACAAGCUUUACAAACGGCCGCGAGGCAGAACGCGGUACUUUUGCCCGAUCUGCCGCGGCGAUUCGCAAGAUCCAAUCCUGCCAAACUUUGUCACCACCAAAACAAUCCAGAUGGAGAGUUGGCAGCAGAGUGUCACCAACGAGCAGCAGGCUGGCGGCGCUGCGGAAGUGCCCGAGGCGGCUGCCGACAACGAUGGAGGGUUUGUUCCCACCGUACUGGAGCCCCGAACCAAGGUGCUGGACCAACGCAUGAAGGAGCACUGGCAUGGCGAAGCAUUGCGACGACGGCCUGCCGAGAUUGCAUACGGUCCUCCGAAGGUGGUUGCGAUGGAAGCCGACGCCGUUGAGAAGGACGAUCUACAGCCAAUGAGCCAAGCCAGACAGGAGACCCUCAGACAACCAUCAGCCGACACCUCAGCUGAUGGCGCUUCCGCUCCUCCACCAUCAUCUGCCGUGAAACGCCGAGGCCGGCCGCCCAAGUCGUCCUCUGCUAGCCGUACAGGGUCUGAUGCAGACUCGGAUUCUGAAGAAUCCUUCCGAGCCGCCUCUCCGUCCGUGUUGCGGUCUCGGCGAGCUGCUGCGGUUGCAGCGACCCCCAGGUCGACGCCUCGCCGCGGCGCUGUUGUGACGCCGUCACCACUCGCCAAGGCCCCUGCGUCCCGUCGUGCAGCUGCAGCAGCUGCAGCAGCCAUAGCACGAGCGAAUUCAGAUCAAGAGUCUGACGACGACGACGACGACCAGGACGACGACCAGGAGGACGACGAUGACGACGAGGAAGUGCGUGCGCCAGUUCGGACUACACGACGGUCAACACGACGGUCGUAA